ACUAUAAAGCAGUCAGUGAGAUCUUUAGAUUGGAAGAUCAGUAAUAAUAUGGUGUAAUAGUAAAAUAUUAUUUAAUUUUGCUAUCAAAUUUACAAGUAUAUGACAACUGAAAAGUUGAAAUACUCCUAACCUGAAACAGAUAAUGAAGAUAUCAGCAGAUUGCAUUGAACAAGAUUGUGGAAGUCAGUCAGAUGAUGGAAAAGAUGAAAAGGCACAGGGGGUGGAAAUUAUUGUUAAGUACUUCCCAGAAAGUACAAAUAGCAGUCAUGUUGCAGCUGUUAUAUUCUCUACCGAGAUGUCUUGGGAGCUAGUCAAAGAAAAUGUCUUGUCCAAAUGUGGCUUGACGAAAAAUGAUGCUGCUGUUUUUUCUUACAUUGAUGAUGAAAUGGAUGAGGUAAUGAUUGACAGUGACCUUGAGUUCCAUGAAGCACUGAGAGUUUCCUCUGUAACUGGAAAUAAGCUACAGCUUUAUGUAAAAGCUAAUUACCCUCAGAGAUGUAACACUCAGAUUAAUUCUUCCUGGUUGAAAGUUUCACCACCACAGGUGUAUCAAGAAACUGAAGCUGAAGAGUUUGUAUUUUUAAAUGAAAAAGACAAUCCUGUUAUGUUGGGGAAAACAACUGAUGACAGUGUGAGUGUUCCUAUUACUGAAAAGGAGGAACAGACACCUGGAAAACUAGAUACAAGCUCUGAACCUCCACCAUGGUUUGUGUCAUACAUGAAUCAGUUUCAAGAAGAGCUGACCUCAAAAAUCACCAAGCAGGUUGUCAGAAAAGUGACAAAGUCACUGGCAGGUGUCAGGCUCAUGACGCAGCCUGAAUGCCAGAAAGAGUCAAACAAAUCUUGUGAAAGUGAUACCAAGCAUAAAGAUUCCCCUGUCCAUGUCGGAAUCAUCUGUGAUAGUUGUAAAAAAGUGGUCCAAGGAAUAAGGUUCAAGUGCUGGAACUGUCCAAAUUACGAUCUGUGUGAAAAAUGUGAAUCACUUCCAAAUAUUCAUGAUGAAGAUCACGUGUUUCUGAAUAUCAAGAAGCCUUGGGAAUUUCUUCAGCUUCCUCAGGAUAGGAACAAGAAAUAUUUUCGUACGAAACAACAGUUGAUUAACCUUGUAUCCAGUGUAAAUAAUUCUGAUCGAUACAAUCUUCACAGAAACCUUGAAUCUGUUGCUAGAGGAGGUGGUCAUAGCAAAAGAGAAAAAAAGGUUUCUAAAAUGAUGAAGAAGCUGGAAAAAUACAGGUUUAUGGAUGCUUAUUUUCUUGAGGAUGAAACUAUACCAGAUGGAACCCACUUGCAACCUGGGACCAAAUUUACAAAACGAUGGAGAGUACAGAAUACUGGAACAAAACCUUGGACUGCUGACACAGUGCUGAAGUACUGUUGGGGAACAAUGGGAUUGGUUCCAUCUGGUACUAAGGUAAGUGUACCCCCAUUGGAAGCAGGAGAGGAAGGAACAUUAGCUGUCCAGUUCACUGCUCCAUUAGAACCAGGACACUAUCAGAGCCAUUGGAGACUCUACCAUCAUGGUCGAGGUUUCGGUCACAGAAUGUGGUGUAAUAUUGAAGUAGACCAGCCAAUUGAUCUGGAACUCCCACAGAAAGAGGCAGAGGAGAAGCAUAAUGACAGCCAUAUUGCAGAAAUUUUAAGCAGUGUGGAGAAGAAGAGGGAAAGUGAACCAGUUAUUAAGCCUGCAGUUGUCUCCCACACAGGCACUCCUAACAAUACACCAUUUGGUACUCACCCUGUUACACCAAACCAAAUUCCUUCAACACCUAUUGAUACACCUCAGUGCAGUCACCCAGGUACACCCAGUCAGACACCUUUGGAUGAAGAAGAUUCAUCCAGCAUCUUAAGCCUUUGUAGUUCUGAGUCUGACACAGAGUUUGUUGUGGUACCCAUGCCUCCAUGCUUUAAUUUAAGCAAGCCUUUCUUGACUUCUGAUAUGUGGACCAGCAGUUUGGCAGAAGCAGAAGAGAAGAGCCAAGUGUCCACAAACAAAACAACCAAUUCCAUACUUCACCCAUCAGAAAGCAAGACAGAGUCUGUAACGAAUGUAGAUGACGAUGUCUCGUAUUUUUUAAUGGAAGAUAUUACCACCUCUUUUAAAACUGGUGUAGAAAAUAAGCAGCAAGAGGAGUUAUUGGGUCAUCGUGUAACCUCUAUGCCUGAUUUUGAUAACCCAGCUUUAAAUAUAAUUGAAAAUCAGGUUUCAGAGAAUAGUAAUUUAUCACAGACAGUUCCAGUUAACAUAACUGUGGAGAGAACCGGUGCUGGUGCUUCUGAAAAUCAGGGCAAAUUAAUGGAAGAUACAGAAGAUAAACAUGAUCGAGAACAACUACCUGAUAAGAUUAGUGUUGCUGAAGCUAAAUCAGAUGUUAAGGUUCUGCCUUUGGGACAGAAUCCCACAAUUUCCUCUACUGAAAAAUCUGUUCAGGUUCUUCCCGAAGCACUUGUCAUGGGAGCUCUGAGUGCUGCAGCUUCCGUUUAUAACACAGCCCGUGCCGUCUUCACUGGAACAAAUCAGUCUGUGGAACAUCUGUGGACACCACCAUCACAAAACUGGCCUACUCAGCCACCAGCCCAGCCUUUAACACCCAUGAUACAGCUGGGUGAGAUGGGUUUCUUUAACCAGGCACUGAACCAGAAACUUCUACAGAAGCACAGUGGAGACUUGAAUGCUGUUAUCUCAGAACUGGUCAGCUUAGAAGAUAAUGAAUGGUUUCAACAUCGCCACAUUCAACAGUCUCAUCCGUCGGCCAGAAGAACGGGGUCAGACAGACGUCCUAGGAGAACUCGUAUAAUAUAUAACUCCCACGUUCAAUCCUUACAGCCGAACCAACAAUCUUCAUUUCAGGAUUCAUUUACUAAUCAGAUCGAUUUUGACUAGAAUAAGGUUGAUAUUGUGUUGUAGGUUGUUCUUUUCUUUUAUCUAUUAUCUCAAAAAUUAUCUUUACUUUCAAGUAAAACUGUAAAGAUAAUAUAUAGCUAAUCAAAGAUUCUUGACGUUUCUAACUGUGUAUUUCUCCGGUGUUUGAGUAUAAUAACCAGUGUAGUUUUAGCUUUGUAAACAAAGUUUAAGUAAGUUUAGGAGCUCAGAAUUGCUCAUUUAAAUUUCUUUAUUGAUAUUUUUAACCAAGUUACCAUGUAUUACAUGAGUUUCAGGGCUAGUGAUUUAGUUAGUAAUUAGCAGUUACUUCUUUUCUUAACUGCAGCUUUAAAUUUUAAAGACCGGUGCACAGAAAUUUGUUUCUUUACUUUUUAGUAUUCCUAGUAAGUAAAAUUAUGUAGGGUGUACUUGGGGAAUAGUUUAAGCAGUAUGUCAGUGUUUGUUUUAAUAUAAAACUCUAUUCAGGUGAUUUUUUUUUGCUUUUGUACAGAGUAAGAUAAAACAAGAAUCUUUUCAGAUAUCGCUUUAGUGAGAAAACGAUUUGGUGAAAUGCAUCACAUUUUAUGUUUGUCUUAAAACCUUUGAAUAUGUAGAUUAUAAACUGGAACUAAUCUUGUUCAAACCUGCAGUUGAUGGGUGUUAGGAAUAGACUUGUAUAGGAUUACAGGGUAGAAUUCAGGACUAGCCAUCUCAUCCAAAUUAUCAAGAAAUAAGGUAGGACGUACCUUUUUAAAUUUGCAGGGUUAUAGUCAAGACUAACCUUAUUCAGAAUUCAGGGCUAGCCAUCUUAUUGAAGUUUAACAGGAAAUAAAGUAGGAUUAACCUUUUAACCUGUUCAAAAUUACAGGGUAGAAUUCAGGACUAGCCAUCUCAUCCAAAUUAUCAAGAAAUAAGGUAGGACUAACCUUUUUAAAUUUGCAGGGUUAUAGUCAAGACUAACCUUAUUCAGAAUUCAGGGCUAGCCAUCUCAUCCAAAUUAUCAAGAAAUAAGGUAGGACUAACCUUUUGACAUUUGCAGGGUUAUAGUCAAGACUAACCUUAUUCAGAAUUCAGGGCUAGUCUCUUAUUGAAGUUUAACAGGAAAUAAAGUAGGAUUAACCUUUUAACCUGUUCAAAAUUACAGGGUAAAUUCAGGAUUAGACAUUUUAUUCAAAUUAACAGGAAAUAGUAGAGAAUUCACUUUUUUUUUUGAACCUGCAAGAUAUGGUCAGGACUAAUCAUGUUAUUCAAUUUAUCAAGGAGUAAAUCAGAAUUUGCGAUUGGACUAGUUUUAAUCGUACAUCUUUGAAGUUGUAAAUGUCUUCAAUUUAUGAAUUUAGAAAUUAUAAUACAUAAACUUUUGAUUAAUUCCUGGCUUAGCUUUUGCAAUGGCUAAUCUAAAUAAUGCUACGUGAGUCCAUUGAGUGCGCCCCAGUCUUCGUCUUCAACAAACGACUGUAUGUACGUGCACGGAGGACUCCUUGUGGUCUGUAUGCUGGUACGUAAUGGAAGUAAUUUAGCUAAAAUCAUUGAUAAUUACCCAUUUAAAACAGACCUAAGUCAGUUAAUUAAA